AUGCGCAGGGUGGCGACGGCCGCCAUCGCGCUUGGGACGGUGGCGCUCAUCGGACCCGUCGUCGUGCGCUGGCAGCCGCCGGCGCAGUGCCUCCAGACCCACGCAUCUGAUGACGCGUUGGCGUCCUACUUUGGCGUCGACGGCCUCGACAACGCGCUCUGCAUCAUCGGUCACUUCUUCCAACAGAGUCAAGCGUUGCCGUCCGAGCCCGUCGCCGACAUUGUCAGCGCACUGCUCGUCAACUGCGUCGCCGCUAUGGUGCUCUUCAUGGGCUUCGAGUCCACGCGCCACGGAGCGCGCGGGCCGGUCGCGUGGCCAGCCUUCAUUGGCACGGCGUACCAGUGGGGUGGCAUCUUCUUCGCAGCGUCGGUGCUCUGGCUUCCGUCUUUCUUCGCAUCGUACCCAGAGCCGCUGGCAACCACGCGCGCUCUCCCUCUUGGCGACACGACGCUUGCCUCGCGCGCGCUGCUCUGGUUCAUCGGCCUCGGCACAUGCGCCUUCGCCGUCGUCUUCCACGGCAUGCAUUUCGCCCAUGGCCCUCUCUUUGCACACGCCUUUAUUGUGUUUCAGUUCUGGCCGUCGCUCUUCCCGCUGCUCUAUCCGGCAGUGCGCUGGUGGUCGCCGCACCCGACAUCCGUCGCCGAGGCGGCGGCAGCAUCGUCAACUGCGAGCUUCCUCUACCGUGCCUUUGCAGCGGCGCUCACGCUCCAACACUGGGGCACGCUCGCCAUCGUUCUCGCCCACGCAGACGCUAUGGACCUCGUGGACGGGUUCGCGAGCUUGGUGCGCACGUCCCCGCCGGACGCGAGCCUGAUCCCAUCGUGGUUCCUCGUGGUCGACGGCGUCUCUGUCUUUGCCUCGAUGACGCUUCUCGUUGUCGCCGAGGCGCGCAACGGCGCGCGGACGUUCGCGCACUUGGUCCUCGCGAGCUUCUUGCUCGGACCGGGCGCCGCCUUUAGCCUUCUGUGUGCGACGCGCGAAGAUGCCAUUCGGUCGACGCACUUUAGCAAGACGAAGCGGCCGUAG